UUCCUGUGAAAACACGGUGGCUGGGCAAAAAGCAUUUUAGCUACAUUUCUGGUGCUCCCAGCCUGAUCUUCAUGCCUGUAUGAAUGUUGUCGUUGUGCGAAUGGCAGGAUGUACAGCUUGAGGGACUCCAGUGUAAGUCAGACCAUCCAGCGGCUUGUUAGCUCUAGUACAGCAAGGCUUUCCUGUGGAAAAAUGCGCAUGAGCAGCCAGGGCAGAUUUAAGGACUGCCUUCAGCAACAGAUGUUAGAUGCCGUGCUGUAGUAGUAGUUGCUGUGCCGAAAAAUUGGUUUGUUUUUAAGUCGACUGAAAAUAAGCUCACACUCCAGUGCAUCAGCUGCCUGCUUUGAGCCUAACUUGAUAUUACCAGGAUCUGAGCACCCCAAAUGCAAAAAUGAUUUGGCAACUAACAUCUUACUGGACAUCCCUGGUCACGUCCAUGAUUUUUGGUCUGCUUCUGCAGCCACCACUGGCACAGCUUUCCACCAUCACGCAGCCAAACUUUGUCCUGUUGAUGGCUGAUGAUCUUGGCAUAGGGGAUGUAGGUUGCUAUGGGAAUGAUACUAUCAGGACCCCAAACAUUGAUCGCCUAGCAAAGGAAGGAGUGAAACUGACCCAACACAUCGCUGCAGCUCCACUUUGCACCCCAAGCAGAGCAGCUUUCCUCACUGGCAGAUAUCCUCUCCGAUCAGGAAUGGAUGCAAUAAACAAUUAUCGCGUUAUUUUUUGGAAUGGUGGCUCAGGAGGGCUCCCUCCAAAUGAAACUACUUUUGCCAAAAUUCUGCAGCAACAAGGCUACAGCACAGGACUAAUAGGGAAGUGGCAUCAAGGUGUUAACUGUGAAUCCCGCAACGACCACUGUCAUCACCCUUUGAACCAUGGGUUUGAUUAUUUUUAUGGGAUGCCUUUUACGCUAAUAAGUGACUGCCAAACAACAGAAGCACCAGAGAUGGACAGAGUCUUCAGAAGGAAACUCUGGCUUUACACUCAGAUGAUUUGCCUUUUUACACUCACUGCUGCCCUAGGUAGAAUCACUGGCUUGAUUCCAGUCCGCUGGAAAACACUAACCUGUCUUGCUGGGUUUAGUCUCCUGUUCUUUGUGUCAUGGUUCUCAAGCUAUGGAUUUGUGAGAUACUGGAACUGCAUUAUGAUGAGAAACCAUGAAAUUACUGAGCAGCCAAUGGUGACAGAAAGGACUACAUCACUUAUCUUGAGAGAGUCCAUUGCAUUUAUUGAAAGAAAUAAGCACAAGCCAUUCCUCCUCUUUCUUUCCUUUUUACACUCCCACACCCCUCUCCUCACCACAGAGAAGUUUCUUGGGAAGAGCAGCCAUGGUUUGUAUGGAGACAAUGUAGAGGAGAUGGACUGGAUGGUGGGGCAGGUUCUAGAUGCUAUUGACAAGGAAGGUUUGAAAAGUACUACACUGGUUUACUUUGCCUCUGAUCACGGUGGAUGGCUGGAAAGACAAGAAGAUACAAGGCAGCUUGGUGGCUGGAAUGGAAUAUACAGAGGUGGAAAAGCUAUGGGAGGCUGGGAAGGAGGAAUCCGUGUCCCAGGAAUACUUAGAUGGCCAGGAGUGUUACCUGCUGGCACAGUUAUCAACGAACCUACAAGCCUUAUGGACAUUUACCCCACAGUAACUCAUCUGGCUGGAGGGGUAGUACCACAGGACAGGGUUAUUGAUGGCCGGGAUCUGAUGCCUUUACUGCAAGGAAGAGUUGAGCACUCAGAGCAUGAGUUCCUGUUUCAUUACUGUGGCAUUCACUUACAUGCUGUGCGGUGGCACCAGAAGGACAGUGGAGCCACCUGGAAGGCUCAUUAUGUGACCCCAAAAUUCCAUCCACUCGGGGCUGGAGCUUGUUACGACAGAGGAUUUUGCCCAUGUUUUGGGGAAGGUGUGACCCAGCAUGAGCCUCCGUUGCUGUUUGACCUUUCACGAGACCCUUCUGAAGCCAAACCUCUGUCAGCUGACACUGAGCCCCUCUUUGACACUGUGGUAGAGCGGAUUGGGAGAGCCAUAGAAGAGCACCGCAGGACACUGACUCCAGUACCAGAGCAGCUCUCCCUGUACAACAUCAUCUGGAAGCCGUGGCUGCAGCCCUGCUGUGGGACAUUCCCUUUCUGUUGGUGUGAUAAGGAAGGUGAUAGUGAACUUGCUGACCUAUAAGGGAAACAAGCAAAUUUUCCUGAAACCAAAGUUUUCAGGUCAUAUAUGUUUUCUCUGGGGGUGUUUAUUGGUGAGUUGAUUAAUUUGUUUGUUUGUUUUGUUUUUGAUGAAGUCUUUAUUUGACAAUUUCUCCAGUGAGUGGCACAGUAUUUGGUAAAGUUGGCUUUAAGCUGGAUGUUCUCAGGGAGGGACAACAACAGUAUGAUCUGAACUGCAUGUUUUAACUUGCAUCCGCUGACAACUGAAUGAAUAGUUCAAAUGCACUGAAACAGGCCAAUGUUAUAGCUGUACCAGUAAUUAUAUUACUUAUAUUUUGUUGUUUAUGAAUGUACAUUUAGAAGCUUAGUUUUCUUUUUUGUUCUGAAUUUCUAAGUCAUUCAGGGACUGAGAUGUCCCUUAAUUUUUUAUACUUACUGGCAACGCAUAGCAGGCUCUUAUAAAAUAUUUUUGCAGAGUACUUUUCCUCCUGCCUCCCAAAUAAUUCCAGAAUAAUUCUACCUACAGUUCCUCCCAGAAACUCCUUUAUAAGUUGAUUCCUUCCUUCCAUGUAGUUAGUCUCUCCAGCAGCAUUAAUGAUGGCAGCUGGGUAGCCUGGGACUUCUAGAUCAGGAUUAACUGCCUGGUUAAGGAUUAAUUGUCUAGUUGAAGCACAAAGCUUAAAAAUGUGAUGAGCUGGGGACUUCCGUGCUUUUUAAGAAUGACAGGACUCCUCUGGUUGGAGUCAGCCUCUUUUGAUGGAGAACACAAAGAGCAAAAGUUUUUCCCUUUCCAAAGCCCCCAUUGCACUGAGCUUCCUAAGCAGCACUGGCAAGGGCAUAGUGGCAUUCAUGGUCACAGAAGCACAACACAGAUUACCAGUUUAGUCAUUUGGGCACAGGUCACUUAAGUUAUCUUGCUGCCCUAGCAAUGGCUAGGACCCAUUUCUCCUCUUUGAUAAAUGUUGGACUUAUUGUGGUUUUAUUUUCCCCCUUGUUCCCCACAGUUCAUCCAAUGGGAAAUCUGCAAGUAAAUAAAAUCCUACAGAUUAAAAGCAAAGCUGAAUUGCAUGCUGCGACCUCAUGCAUUUCACAGACUCUUGCUCCCAGAAGAGCACCUAGAUGCUCCUUCAGUGUUAUUCACGAGAAUUUAUUUGAUUUCAUUGUGUUUUGUUUUUUUUUCUUGGAUAGAUUUAAAGGUAUUUUCAUGUUCGAUAGCCAGUAUUUUCUUUACAACAGUUUACUGCAAUAAGGCCAGCAUUUAUUAAUCUUUUCAGUCUUUUUCCAAGGCUUCACUUCCAUUCUUAAGCCAGUCUAGUAUCUGGGAUUUUACAUCCUCUCAGUUUUUUAACACCUUUAAAAAUAUGUGGGUGUAAGACCUGUUCAUGUAACUGAAACAAUUUUUCUUGCACAGGGAUACUUCAUAGCACUGCAGGAUAUCUGUUUGGAGCUGGAUGGCAGAGGAAAAUAUCUGAACUAGACAUUGUGCUGGUCAUUGGGGUUUGGCCAUGAAAGCACACUUAUUGGGGGGGACAAAACCUUUGCUUGUUCCAGUCUCAGGAUCAUCUCCUAGGCACCAACAUGUGACUCUUCCCCUUCAGUCUUAUUCCUCCAUGUGCUGUUAAACAGCUACAUAACAAUGUCACCCCAGCCACAAAUCUCCCUUUAUAGGAGUUUUAUAAGCAAAUGGUCGCCCAUGAAGUCAAUAAAAUUGGCCCACGACCAGUCAUUAUGCUGUACCUUCCCAGAAGUUUCAAAUGUUGCACUUCUGCCACUUUUUGACCUGAAGCUCUUCCCAAGACACAUUGCAUUCGGGUCUUUUUUGCAUAGUCCUGUUGCCUGUGGUCAAUUAUACCCAGUUAAUAUGGCGCAGACAACAUAAAACUCAUUUAGUACAUAACAGUUAAUGAAAAUCUGCUUUCAGAAAGGUUAGCAUUAUUAGAACCCAUUGAGAUCUGUUUGCUUGUUCUUUCACCAAAGCACAGACUAUCUGAGGAGAUUCUGGACCGCCCAGUCACUCAAGAUACAAGUCGAAUUUUCUAGGUUUUUACCACUUCAUGGCCCUUGAUCAUUAUGGAUAAUGCAGAUCAUGGAGAGUGUGGGAAACAUACUACAGAUGCCCUAUGUAAAUUUGCACAAAGCAUAUGGGAACUAGAGACUCUCAAAUAGUCAUGCUCUUACACCUGGUGUUGACUGUUGGGAUUUAGUAGUGGUUAACUUGCACUACCAAUCGCUCCAGGAAGAGGGCCUUCACAGCAAGACAGCACAGGUGUAACUAAACACACGAUAAUCUAAUUGCAGUCAAUAUCACUAGGACAGGGUGAAGCAGCGGGUGCAACAGGGCUUUCCCAGUCAUUGACCAUCCUCCAAAGAGACCACCCCGGCAGGCAGUCAAUGAGUUUCCUACAAUAACUUUAUCACCACUGUUUUGCCAGUCAUGUUAAUUCUGGUCACUCACAGACACAGAUUAAAUAAUUUUCAUGCAGAUCCACAGAACAGAGAUAAAUUCUUUUUUUUUUUUUCCUCUUUUUUUUUUAUGUAUUUGAAAUGACUCUUGCAAAGCAGAGGGUUUAAAGAAUCCAUAUGCAGAAGCUCAUUAAUGUCUUCUAAUAUCACAUUGUUCCUUUUGAAUGCUUUGUUCUCAAGCCAUUUGCGAGUUGACAGUAAUUCAUUUACAUACGUAAUUCUGGGAGUAAAUUCUUCAGAGGAUGACUUUUUUAAAUGAAUAACUGUGAAAUGCUUUGAAAAUUUCAGGCUUUUAAGACAUUUAUCAUUCAGUGUCAGUAUUGUAAAUUCAGCAAAAUUACUAUUUACCACAAAAACUGAGAAAAAAAAAUAAAGACAGCAAUGGGAUAUAAUAAAUUUCAGAUUUAGCAAUGUUUAAAUCACAUUGCAGUAAUUUAUGGCUCUAACAUAUUUUGAGUGCAUAAAAAAUAUACAAAAAGUGGUUGAUAUGAUAUUAGCUAUGUCCUUUUGGGCUCUUUUAAUUCAGUUAUGAAAAAAGCCAGUAGGCAGAGGAUGAUUAAGACAGACAUUCUUAAAACAAUUAAAUCUUCCAUCCUUAGCUUCCUGUCCACAGAAGACUACCUAAUGCUCCAGAAAAGUGUUUAUUUCAUUGAGGGAAAUUUGAUGCUUCAUGUUUUCUACAGCUGUUCUUUAGUAACAUUCAUACAUUCAAGAUGUUGGAAAGUACAUCCUGUGGUGAUUUAACACUUGUUUGGAAAGAUGCAUGGAGUGAAGGCAGCUGUGGGUUUAUGACAAACUUGGAAUUGUUUUUCAGUUGUACCAGUAUCAUAAAGUAGGGAUCCUCUCAGUACAAGUUAUGUAUGUUUAAUAUAGCUCUAUAUAAAGGGAAUAGCUCCAUUAAAAAGGAGAAAAAGACCUAGGGAACUAUAAACCAGCCAGUCUCACCUCUGUGUCUGGUAAGAUCAUGGAGCAGAUCCUCCUGGAAACUAUGCUAAGGCAGAUGGAAAAUAAGGAGGUACUUGGUGACAGCCAACAUGGCUUCAAUAAGGGUAGUUUGUGCCUAACAAAUCUGGUGGCCUUUUGUGUUGCGGUUAGAGCAUUGGUGGAUAGGGGAAGAGUAAUCAUCUACUUGGUCAUAUACCUGGACUUGUGCAAAGAAUUUGAUACUGUCCCCCAUGAUAUUCUUGUCUCUAAAUUGGAGAGACGUGGAUAUGAUGGGCAGACCACUCAGUGCAUAAGGGAUUGGCUUGACAGUCGCACUCCUAGAGCUGGUCAACGGCUCAAUGUCCAAGUGGAGAUCAGUAAAAGGUGGUGUUAUUCAUUGGGACUGACACUGUUUAACAUCUUUGUUGGUGACAUGGACAUUGGGAUUGAGUGCUCCCUCACUCAAAGUUUGCAGAUGACAAGAAGCUGUUUGGUGCGGUUAACAUGCUGGAAGGAACGGGUGCCAGAUAGAGGGACCUGUGCAAGCUUGAGAGGUAGGCUUGUGCAAACUUCACUAUUGAUUAAUUCUUAACUUGAUGGUAAAUCUGGUGCCAAGCAGUAUUUGUUUUGACGGAUAACCCUUGACUAUCUGAAGCACUUAGGCACACUAUCGAUAACAUGAUAUGACUGCCUUCAAUAUAUGCUUGGCAGAAUGUAGCACCCUGCUGUCUUCAAGUUAAGUACCAGAUAUGGGGCUGAGAGGAGCAGCCCAGCAAGCAGAGUGCAGGAGGCUGGCAGGACUGACUUAGCUAUUUCCACCAGGGAUGGCUUCCAGCAAUUGGUACCGAGCGCUGCAGUGGAAUGCUGGAUCAGAAGGGCCCCCUGAAAAUGAAACAACUUUUUCCAAGCUUCUACAGCAACAAGGCUAUGCCACUGGGCUGAUAGGUACAUGAAAAAGUUUUAGAAUGAGUCUGAAAAAUGACCUGGUUACAUGAAGGGAAUUUAGGGAUUGUAAUUGCCCCAAAUUGUCCGUGAAUACUCUCCAAAAGAUUGAGGAGAGAAAACAACAACUUGUAUUUGCAAAAUUUAAAAUACUGUGGUGUAAAGAGUUUUAAGAAAAUAUGAAUGCCUGUAUAGGGUAUGGGAGACAGGAAGGAUUAAAACCCAACUCAUGAUUAUAAUGAGUGAGAAUUUAUUUUACUUGGCCUAAGACUUUUUAAUGAUUGGUCCACUGAAAGAGUUUUGUUGACAUCGAGAUUGUUCCAGAUAAAACAGUCUUUAAGUGUUUCGCCUGCCUUUAGGAGUCAAGAGGCAAAUAAACCAAAGCGGAUAGGGAAAGAAAGAAAUAAAGCUUGUACCCACAGAGCAGGUGAUGUCUCACAGGUGAGGUUGUGAGGUCCCAAAGAGUCAUGGUACUGUAGCAGUUCUCUCAGAUAAAGCCAAGAUACAAAGAUGUCAGAGAAACACUGCCCUGGAGGACUUUCCUAUCUGUGACUUUGAUAAGAUUUCAACAGUUUCAAGUUUCAUCUACUUUUGCCAAAUACUCAAAAAUGGACUGGCUAAGUGUCUCUUUUCACUUCUAUUCUGCUUUUACUACUGCUCAAGUGAUAUACACUUCUGCAAUGAUUGCCUUAGCAUGAAUUAAUAGGUAGGGUAAGCAUUGUGUCCCUUAAAGUGAUGGGCUUCAGCUGUGCCAAAUGCAGUCAUCUCCAAGUUCUGGAAAUAAAUACAGCUGUAUGGAAUCACAAACUAAUGAAGUGAAGUCUUCCUGGCUGAGUCUAUAAAUUACUUGGCAAUUGUGUAACCCAGCAAAUAUUAGGGUGCUUUGAUCCAGCAGUUUUCUAAGCAGAAAAUAGUUUUUGUUUGCUUGAUCUGUUAGGGAGACUGGGCAGGGAUGGAGUGAAUGGUUGGAAUAUAGCUUUUUCUCCUUUUCAUGUUGAGUAGGGAUAAUGCCUGGGAAAUCAUCUUCCUGAGUCUGGUGAUCAAAAUGUUUGGUAAUGUAGGCAAAAGGCUUACUGGAUCUUCUAGUAAAUUUGUAACAUUAUAUUAAAAUGAAGUUGCAAGUAAAACAUUUGAAGUUGGGAAGUGGAUGUAAUAAAGCAGAUGGUGAUUUAGAGUACUGUAAUUCCCUGAUCUUCAUUAAAAGGUGAUUAAAAUCCCA